AGGAGAGCAGAGGAGAGGGUUUGAUGAUGAAGCUUCACCUGGUUUCUCCUUCUACUUGAGGGGAAGUUCACCAGAAAACUGGAUGUCACCAGUGGAGGAAACAACAAAACAAAGUGAUUCACUAACUUGCUGCUCUGAUUCCUUAUCCAUCAAUUUGUCUAAAGAGGAUCUCUAUCUCUCUCUGUUCCUUUACACCAUCAACAUGAGUGCUGCCUUCUCCCACUCCUUCGUAGAUCAGCUGCCCACUUACCUAAACAGAGGCACCAUCCUGCCGUACGGACUGUCUCCCUCUAGUGGCCACUCUGAGAACUGCACCCACUCCCACUCCCACACCCACCACCUCCACUCUGGCUCUGACCCUCUGGCCCACACCGUGCCCUUCCUCCUCUACCCCACCACCAUGGACCCUAGAGGCCUCUAUGAUGCCUCGUUCCGGGGCCCCGGAGGCCCCACCCUGCUCCCAUACCUAUCUCCCUUCCACCAUGGACGCUUCAGGAUGUACGAAUGCCCCUUCGAGCCGGAGUUUCUCCAGAAGAGGAAUGAGCGGGAGCGUCAGAGGGUAAAGUGUGUGAACCAGGGCUAUGCCAAGCUUAGGGACCACCUGCCAGGGGGCGCCAGUGAGAAGAGGCUUAGUAAAGUGGAGACACUCAGGGCAGCAAUUCGUUAUAUUAAAUACCUGCAGGGUCUGGUGGAGGGGCAGGGGAAAGGGAGAGAGGGGCGUGAGGGGGAACAGGCGUGCCACAGCCCCGGUUCUGCUCCCUGUAGGACGGAGGACUCGGGACACAGCGAUGGGGGGUCACCUCGCUCUCUCUCACACUCUUCCUCUUCCUCCCCGGGGUAG